AUGUCAGGCUCCCUAUUCACGCAAACCCACGUCCUCCCGGCUCAAACAGUCGACGGUCAUGAUAUCAAGGUAGUUGUGGCAAGGUAUUCCAAGCUCGCAGAGCCACCUGCACAUGGUCGGAUCCUUAUCCUCAUCCACGCUGUCAGUGCUCACAAGGAGCACUGGCUACCCAUAUUGAAUCGACUCUUCGCACAAGAUGAUCUCAAUAUUUCCGAAGCAUGGUCAUUUGACGCACCGAAUCAUGGUGGUUCAUUGGCGUAUAACAAAUACCUGAUAGAUAAACCGGAUGUCUUGAACGAUCUGUCGGCCUACGGGCAAUGCCUCUUGGCGCUCCUGCGGUCUGGGUUAAUCAACCUUAAUGGACGGGAGCUCAUCCCUAUUGGUCAUUCUGCGGGAACGAAUGCCCUAGUUCGUUGUGCAAUGGCUUAUAUCCGCGCUGGUGAACCAAUUCCGUACAAGACCGCCAUCUUGAUCGAAUCGGUCUUCCUGUCUGAGGAACUUGGGGCCAAAAUUGUCGGUCGAUAUAAACCAGCCGUGAAAGCGCGCAAAUGGCGAUGGGGCUCACGUCAAGAAGCUGAACAGUUCAUAAAUAAUACCCAACCUUGGAAGAAAUGGCACAAGGAGAUCCGGGAUAUUUACGUCGAAUAUGGCAUGAAUCAUACAGUCGCUGGUUCUGAACUCAAAUGCCCUUCUCGUGUCGAAGCGGCUUGUUACCCAAACGCUUCCGUUCAAGCAGAAGCUCUGAAGAACAUGCCUACCUUCUGUGAGAACAUCAAAGCACAUCUCAUCUUAGGCACGAAGAAUGAUUUCGUUCCGAAAGAAAUCCGAGAUCCUUUUGUAACCUUCGCAGAAAGUCACAUGCGAUCUAUACGAUAUGUCGAAGGCGCAGGGCACAUGGUGGUUCAAGAAGACCCUGUCGGAUGUGCCAAGGCAAUUUCCGACGUUUUACGUUCGUUGUCUACAAGUUCAUAUCCGCCCGUUCAAGUUGCUGAAGCCAAGUUAUGAUCGUGAUGGGGCGCAUCUUGCUUUCCGAAUACUUUGGAAGACGUUGUGUAGAAUAUUGAUAUUUACUUGUGAAGGUUAUCUUUGUGUCUUUUCUGUUAGGUUAGUACAGAUUAUAUGACGGGACGAUUUGUCAUAGAGCAAUUCACAGAAUAGAAUGAGUUUAGCUGAUCGUACUAGUCC